AUGCGGUCUCUAUCACCAGCGCUCGCGUCUCUUGCGAACGUCUUUCGAAUCCCCAUGUCAUUGACUCCCGCGCGCCCAGCCGUUUCCCGCGUCUGCCACGAGACCUUGUCUCGACAAUCCGCACCGACCACCGCAGCCGUGCAAACAGCCCCGUUCUCAUCGACGAGCACCCUGGCAAAGCGGAAGGGAGGUGGUCCUCAAGUGGACAAGCGAAUCACUCUAAUCCGCUAUUUCCUUUACCACCCCCUAACCCCACGCCCGCUCCGCUUCUCCCGUAACCGCUUCCUCCGCCACUGGACCAUCCACCGCGCCUGGCAACUGUUCCAGGCGCAGCAGCGCAAGAAGCAGGAACUAGAGCUGCAGCGCCAGUACCAGAGUAUGCAGGCCGCGUGCGAGGAGCUGCGCACGGGCGCCGGCGAUGGCGGGAAAUUGUUUCGCGUGUCAAUGAAUAAGAAGGGCGUGUUUACGGAUCUGUUUCCCAUUGAAUAUGCCCGGUUUCAGACGGAGUCGCCUGCUGCUGAGGGGUGGAAUUAUGAGUGGAAGAGGCCUGAGAAGAAGCAUUAG